AUGGACUCCUCAUCAGCUCCUCCUGCACAGAAAGCCCCUGUGUGUCCUCCUGCUAACAAAUUCAUGCAGGAGAAAAUCCCUGAUGAUUUCUCUCUGGAGGCUGCAACUGCCACGGAGGGCAAACACAAGAAGGAGAUGAGUGUAUUUGUAGGAGAGAGGGAAGACUCCAUUGCUCCAAAAUACAGGUUUAAUAAGGUAGAGGACUUGUCAGCUCUGGAUAUGCUUUCUGAAGACUUUGUGUCUGCAACCAAAGCUUCUGGAGUUCAGGCACCUGCCCCUCCUGCAACCAAGAAAAAGACACCAGAGAGAACGGUUUGUCCUCUGGAGCGCCCUAACAAAGUUGACGUCAUCCAUGUACAACCACGACAGCCAAAACCCAAGACUGAUAAGGGUGACUCCUUCUCUCUGGAUGCUCUCGGUGCUCUCAGUGACACGCUGCCAAAAGACCUCCUUAAAGCUGAACUCCCCAAACUCAGACCUGAGGACAUCAUCUCGGUAGAUCUGCACUCUGUCUGCAGAGAGAGGGAUGACUCCAUUCCUCCAGAAUACAGGUUCAAUGAGGGACGCAAAAAACGGCCUUCUCCUAAACCUGAGCCCUCCAUCAACACUGGUGAUGCUCUGGACUUUUUAUCUGGAGACUUUGCGUUUUCCUCAUCCGCUCCUGUGGUCCAGGCUCCUGUCAUCACCCCCUCAGUCCCCCCUGCACAGCCCUCUGCAGACUUUGCUCUGGACGCCUUGGCGGGAGACUUUGGCGCCGUUUACAUGAGGAGAAAACUGCUUCUGGCCGCAGGAGCAGACCAUUUCCUGGAGGCCCUGGAUGCUCUGUCAGACACCUUGAAGGACAUCACACCCGUCCCUAUGCCCGCCCCAGUUCCUACAAAAGACCUCGUCAAUGAGGAGAAGCUGAAAGAAGAAAGGCUGAUUAAGAUGGGGGAGAGAGACGACACGUUGCCACCAGAGUAUCGACCCACUGGGGUAAAAAACAGUCUUAUAUCUCCCUUUGUUUCUGUUGUGUACGGAAGCCUUGAGAGGCCAAAGUCUAUGGAUGAUAAGACAGCGUUGGACCUGCUGUCCAGUGACUUCUCUGCUGCUGCCUCUCUACCUGUAGCACCCGUCGCUUCAGGCGCUGCCACAACAAAGCUGGAACCUCCUGUGCUGGACUCAGAGCCCCUGAAGACUUAG